UGUGAAUUGUGGAAGAUUUCAUGCUUUUGUUAUUUUUAAAAAUUUCCUGACCUAAUGGAAAGGGCCCCAGGAACCUCCGUACCAGGAAGCCGGGGCCCCUUUCUAGCACCUAGCCGACCACCCCAGAAGGAGCCAGUCCGGGCCUGAUGGAAGUUGACUGAAAUCUGUUUUAUGGAAACUGAUGAUGAAGUUAAACAAAUUCCAGAAACACAAUUUGAAUCCAAGGAUUAUUGUUAUCUUCAAAUAUCAUUCAAAUCUAACAGUUACUAUAAAUGGGGUCUAGAACUUUCGUUAUAUGCAUGUAUGAUAGGGCACUUAGUCUUAUGCCCAUAUACCAAAGUAGAAGAAAGUUUCAAUCUUCAAGCAAUUCAUGAUCUCAUAUUUCAUGCUGGAAAUGUAUCUCAGUAUGAUCACAUGGAGUUCCCAGGAGUUGUUCCUCGUACUUUUAUUGGUCCUAUAGUGAUUGCUGUGUUAUCUUCUCCAUUUUUAUGGAUACAUUGGCUACUUAAGAUGGAUAAAUUUAUAAUUCAGUAUUUAGUACGGUUUAUCCUUGGAUCACUUGUUCUGGUUGCUUUCCAUAAAUUUAAGGGAUCGAUAGAAAAGCAUUUUGGCUCUGUGGUUUCUGUGUGGCUUCAACUGAUAACCCUCUCACAAUUUCAUAUAAUGUACUACAUGUCUAGAACACUCCCAAAUACAUUUGCCUUGAUUUUAGCAUUAUUUUCAUUUCAUUUCUGGCUUGCGAGGAAUCAAAGAAUGUUCAUUGUUGCUUCAGCAGCGGUGGUGGUUGUUUUUCGAGCUGAGUUGUCCAUCCUGUUAGGUCUGAUAGCACUGGGUGAAGUAAUCUCUGGUAGACUGAAAAUUUUAACUGUGAUUGGUGUGGGAAUUCCUGCAGGACUCUGGAUGUUAGGUCUUACUGUUACCGUAGAUUCAUUUUUUUGGAUGAGGCCUGUAUGGCCUGAAGGUGAAGUUUUGUGGUUCAAUAUUUUUUUAAAUAAAAGCUCAGAAUGGGGAACUUCACCUUGGGCCUGGUACUUCUAUUCUGCUUUGCCUCGGGCUUUGCUCACAUCCAUUUUUUUCAUUCCAUUUGCAUUCGCUAUGGAUUCAAGAGUGAGAGUAAUUCUUUAUCCAGUUUUCGGUUUUAUUCUUGUGUACUCCUUUUUGCCUCACAAAGAACUGAGAUUUAUAAUCUAUACAAUCCCUCUACUCAAUGCUGCUGCAGCAAGGACCUGUGCACAAAUAUGGAAUAAUAGGCUCAAAUCUACAUUCCAUGGUGUUCUAGUACACUUCACUUGCCUACACUUUGCAUUAAAUAUUUGUGCCACAUUAUUAAUAUUAACCAUCUCCUACCAUAAUUAUGCUGGUGGAUAUGCAAUUGCAAAACUACAUUCUAUUGAAAGUGCAGAUAAAGAUGUAAAUGUACACAUUGACGUAUAUUGUGCUCAGACGGGUGUAUCACGUUUUACAGAAAUAAAUCCUAGAUGGAGGUACAAUAAAACAGAGAAUUUACCUCUUGGUGGUUUGGAAAUAAUGCAGUUCUCUCAUCUGCUUAUGGAAUGGCCCAAAAACGCAGACAGUUCACAUUUGCCUUACCUGAAUACACAUACUAUAAUUAACAUUACUCAUGGGUACUCUCAUUGGGGUGUUGAUUUUUCCACAUUCCCUCCCAUCCAAGUGUUCUUAAGACCUCGGGUUUUAUUGUUAAAAAGAAAUCUAUCUUAUCCUUCAUUAAUAGUAAAUACAAAUGGAAUUAAAUCUCUGAGAAGUUGAUGUUCUUUACAUGAGUUUUAUUCAUUGAUGGAUUUGGAAAUAAAAUUUUAUUUUU